CAGAGGGCUGGGGAAACAAAGGGCGCUAGGCCCCAAGUGCAGAGUAGUACUCAGCCAUGAGAAAGCAAGAAGUUUCGAAGCUCUACUCCGGCCGGAGCUGGAGGGGCUAAUGCACCAUGGGUACUCUGAGGGAGGAGGCCACGGGAAGCCACAGGACAGGAUUCCACUGGGUGAGAUCGGGCUGUGGGCAAACGAGCGGUUCCCCCAGGAUGGAAUAAUCAAGGAAGUGGGGGGGCCACUGCUUUCGCAUAAGGGGCUUCCCUUUGGGGCGGUGAAAACAGGAGCGCAGAGAGCGGCAGGCUUGGUGAGCUCACUAAAGGCGUCAGAACAGCGGUGCACUUUGCAGAAGACCCGAUUACGGCGGCAGGAUGCCGGCCUCAAGACCCACCUGGACCAGCUGGACCUGCAGAUAAGUGAGCUGCAGCUGGGCAUGUGCAGGGCAUCAGGAGAGUGCCCGGACAGUGACAGCAGGCCCAGCUCAGGAUUCUACGAGCUGAGUGAUGCUGGUUCCUGCUCUCUGUCCACCUCCUGCGCCUCUGUAUGCAGUGACCACCUCUCCCCAUCCUUGAGCAAUCUGUUGCCUGCUUCCCAUCCCUCCAAGCCCAGGCCUGGCAUGGGUGACUGGCGGCCCCGGUCUGCUGAUGAGAGCACCGUGCCAGUGUGGAGACCCCAGCCUGCCGAGGAGAGUAGCAGGUUCCUGGACAGUGGGGCAGGCACGGGCCAUCCCCAGGGUAUCUUCCGGUCUAGACCUGUGUCCACAGGUGACCUUGAGAGAGUCCUUCCUGUGGAUGAGGGACUCCAGAGUAUGGGUGCAGAUGCCAUGCCCACCUCCCUUCUGUGCCUGGGGACAGACACCCCAGCCCAUAUGAUGGACCCCACCUACCAGCGUGACCUCAUGUCCAGGGGGGGCCGGGAAGUGUACCCCUACCCCAGCCCACUGCAUGCAGUGGCCCUACAAAGCCCACUGUUCACCCUGGCCAAGGAGACCCCUGGGUCCCACAGCCACUCACCCCCCAGGAAGCCACUGUUGGUCCCCAGGGAUCAGAGGACAUCCCUGGCAGUGCCAAUCUGUGAAGUGAGCCAACCCAGAGCCUACAUUGACAGGCUGCUGCGUCUGCGGGGUCUAGGGGCCUCCCCAAGGGGCAUCUUGGGGGAGCAGGGACCCCCAGGACCAGGAGAUGAAACAUCUCCUUUCCCACAGAAGCCCAGUGACCGGAAGCAGGACAGUGGAGGCCAGGCCGAGAAGCUGGCCUGUGCCCCAGGGAAAGGGAGCAUGGGAAUGCUGGCUGCCAGCCAGGCUGGACAGAGGAAUGGCCUCAGUCACCAAGGACUCACACAGCUUAUGGGCACCCCACCUCUUAACAGCCCCCCAGAGGAGCGGCCUAAACCCCGGAAUUCCUGCACCUGUGAGGAGAUAGCUGUGGGCCCUUCUCCCUGCUCGCAAGUCCAGCAACCACAUAUCAAUUGCCGCCUGGUCCCUCCCAGGAGGCUGGGCUGUGAGAGCCCCCUAGGAGCCCCUGGGUACUCUGUCCACCUGCCCUGCACUGCCCAUGAAUCAUCCCUGUCCAGGCUGAGGACAGCACACCCCAAAACCAAGACCGUGAAGAUCAGGAGGAGGGCCAGUGACAAGGUGCCCAGGUCUGGGAGGCAGCCACUACCCCUCCCCGAAAGACACCAAGGCAUCCAUGCCACCCCCCAACAACCCUCAGAGUGGGACCUGUGGCACAAGCCCCAGGGACGUGGGCUCCGGAGAAGGCCCUCACUGGCCAGGGAGGCCCCUGGACGGUCCUGCUCUGAGUCCACCCUCUACCCCAUGCCCCUCCUCAUCCCCUUGGUGGUGGCCCAGCAGCAGAGUUACCAGGCGUCGUCCCAGGCCCUUUUUCCCGCUGACACAAGGCCCCUCAGCUCUGCUGCCAGGAGAAAGCAGCGCCCCUGGAAGUCCAGCAUGGAGAUCUCAGGCAAGUCCUGCCCAGCUAGCUGUGUCGAGCCCACUAGACCUGCAGCCAGGAGGGCAAGCGGGCCACAGGCCCAGGACAGAGCUGCGCUGGUCCGUCAGGAGGCCAGGAGUGAGUCUGACCUCUCUGAGCACUCAGCUGAGUGCACCUCACUCUUCCAUUCCACCAUUGCUGAGACCAGUGAGGAGGAGGCCAGCGACCACACCACCAACUGCUUCGGGGACCAGGAGUCCAGCGCCAGUGAUUCGGAAGGCAGCGUCCAGGGCAGAGGCAGUAUUCUGGAGCUGGAUCAGGGAGUGGCUGGCCGGGGUGGGCAGGCCUGUCCUCCAGCAGUUCCCCAGCCCGCUCCCCGGGCUCCAGCAGGCACCAGGCCCCCUCUGCCUCCUGUGCCCAGAUUGUGCCGCAUCAAGGCCUCCAAGGCCCUGAAGAAAAAGAUCCGCAGAUUCCAGCCAGCAGCACUGAAGGUCAUGACCAUGGUGUGAGGCUGUGGUGCAAGUUGGUGCCCAAUCAUGGGCACAAGUUCCACACCAGUGCAAUGCAUAAGUGUGGGCUUGCGCACCCCCUGCAGCAUGCUUUUAGCUCCUGAGCCUCCACAUCCCAAGUCCUUUUGAUGUGUGGUGGGCAGUUGUGUGGGCAACUGUUCGCUCCCCAGCAAUGAUGCACAGAGAAUUCUGAUCUUUUGAAUUGUAGAAGCCACUCGCCAGCAAGCUUCCACUUGAGCGAGGGAUUCCAGGGGCAGGGUUGGAGGUGUCUUGUUUCCUGAUAUUGUGAAGCCAUUUCUCCCCGAAGCAUUAUCUCAGUGAUCCUGCUGGCUGCAGGCAGCUGGAUUGAAUCUGAACUCCAUGUUUAAGUUCUCAGUAUCGUCCAAAUCAUGCCAUCGCUUUUGCAAGUAAAAAUGUUCUCUUUCAUCCACCCCCUGCCUGCUCUGCACCGUCACAGUGACUGCUUGGACUGCCCUCUUCCGUCCCCUCCCGUGGGCACUGGCCUGUAGGUGGGAGCCUCUUUGAGGAGUGGAUUCUAAACUUGGGUUCCAGUGUGAAUAAGUUGUACAUAAAAGUGUUUUGCCAAAAUAA